AUGGACAUUAUCACCAUGCCGUACGCCGAAGGUUACCGAUACUGCCUCACCUGUGUCGACCGAUUUACCAGAUGGCCAGAAGCAAUUCCCCUCCAGAACCAGGAAGCAUCCACCAUCGCUAAGGAGUUCUACACGAAUUGGAUAGCGAGGUUCGGCACUCCACUCCGGAUAACCACAGAUCAAGGGAGACAAUUCGAGUCAAGCCUGUUCAACGAGCUAUGUCAGUUGACUGGCACGAACCACAUCCGAACCACCGCCUACCACCCAGCAGCCAACGGUAUGGUAGAAAGAAUCCAUCGACAGCUUAAGGCAGCAAUCAAAUGCCACAACAACGACAGAUGGACCGAAACGCUUCCCAGUGUCCUCCUAGGGAUGAGAGCAGCCUGGCGGGAUGACAUGAAAGCAACCGCUGCAGAAAUGGUAUACGGAGAGCCAUUAAGAUUGCCUGGAGAAUUUCUACCUACAAGUACGGAUGACGGUGCGGACACAGCCGACUUCGUAGUGAAUCUGAGGCAACAAAUAAGAUAA